CUGCCAGAGUAUCUCAAGGUUAUGUUAUUUUUCUCAAGCAACAUGCAAACAUCAUUUACCAUUAGUUUUACAAUGUUCUUCCAAUAUUCAAAUAAAAUGUUUCCGAAAAAUUCACAUGGAAGCCCCAAAAGGUGACCCUAUUGACGCGUAUUUAAAAACGAAACAAAAGUAUGAAUCCAAGAAAUUGCCACCAAAUGUGAAUCCAAGGGGAGUGUUUGCCUGCAAUGAGUUGGACCUCGAAGAAGUUAAUGUUUAUGGUUUUGAUUAUGACUACACUCUUGCUGUGUACAAGCCAUCAAUGGACUUCCUGCUGUACAAUUUGGCUCGAGAAACUCUCAUAUCCAAGUACAAGUAUCCAAGAGGCAUCAUGGAGUUGGAAUACAAGCCGGGAUUUGCUAUCCGAGGUCUCCACUACGACAUAGAGAAAGGAUUGCUGAUGAAGAUUGACUCGUUUCUGCAGAUCCAGCUGGGCACUGUGUACCGUGGACUGAGUCCCGUCACUGAUGAUGAGGUAUUGCGGCUGUACAAGAACAGGAUCAUACCUCUAGCCUAUGUCGAGACUCAUGGCAAAAACGCUCAGGUUGACUCAAGUAAUACGUUUCACGAAUUACCCCACCAUCCCCGUUUUCCCCGUUCUUACGUAACAUCCAAGAUGGUACAGUUGGCAGACAUGUUCAGUGUGCCAGAGAUGUGUCUUCUGUGCAACAUCACUGAGUACUUCAUCCAGAAUGGCAUCGACUUUCAUCCUGAGAUUCUGUUCCGUGAUGUCAAGAACUCUGUUGGAUCAUCUCACCCAGUCAUGCACAAACUGUUACAAGAAGAUGUCUCUCAAUACAUAGAGAAAAACCCAGGAAUCACCUACUUCUUCCAGAGGCUAGCGGAUGCUGGUAAAAAGCUAUUUCUUGUCACCAACAGCCCUUACAAAUUUGUGAACAAGGGCAUGUCUUGGAUGGUAGGAGACAACUGGGAAGACUUCUUCGAUGUUAUCAUCGUCCAGGCUCGUAAACCGUUGUUCUUCACUGAUGAGUCAAGACCUCUUCGCAUCUACGACAAAGAGAACGACUCUUAUCUUUGGGACAAGGUUACUGAACUAAAGAAGGGAGUCAUAUACUUUGAGGGCACCAUCAACCAGUUGAAGGAUAUGACAGGUUGGUACGGCAGUGAAGUGUUGUACUUUGGAGAUCAUCCAUACAGUGACUUAGCGGAUGUUACGCUGGAGCAUGGCUGGCGCACUGGGGCAAUCAUCAACGAACUUGUGCACGAGAUAGAAACCUUAAACGAUGAACACUUCAAGAGGACGUGCAACUGGCUGCAGAUGCUGACACAGCUGAUAGAAGACUGGCAGGACUCUGGGGAUCCCAGGGCAGUGGAAGCGAAUCACCAGUGGGAAAUGGAGAGAGACCAACUCAGGCAGUCAAUGAAGUGUGUGUUUAACAAGCAGUUUGGCAGUGUGUUCCGCACCUACCACAACCCCACGUAUUUCUCGCGUCGGCUGUUCAGGUUCGCUGACAUCUACACCUCCCAUAUUACCAACCUACUGCAGUACUCGGUCAACCACACGUUCUACCCUCGCCGCGGCGUCAUGCCGCACGAGUACAUCUCCUACUUCGUCUAGUGAUCUCACCGAAAGUGUUCUUGCUCAGUAUCUGUAAGGUAGCAUCAGCUCAAUUCUGAUAUUCUCGCUAUAAGGUUUGAGGGUUUUAUUUUAUUCUUCCUGUUGGGUUUGAUACCUUUGUUUAGCAAGUCAAGUUUGAUACAUGCUUGCAGUGUUGGAUCAAUUGCAGCAGUUUGCAUUACAUGUAUAUUGAAUAAUGUUAUUAUAAGCGGAAGUUUAUCAGUAUGAGCUCUCCAACGAUUGAUCAUAAGGUGACUUUGUUUUCGAUUAGUCCAGUGACAUUGUUAAGGACCACAACCAAUCAAAUCCAUGUUGUUGCAGCUAUUAUUGACUGUAGAUACACAAUGGAGGUGGGUGUUUUCAACGUAAUGGGAUAAAUAAUACUAUUACUGAAGUGUUUUUGGUUGUAGAUUAACGAGAAUACCCUAUUAUCUAUACUUAUGUAAUACGCAAGCAGGUUUUUUGUGACAAUUACUCCUCCGAAACUCCUGAACCGAUUGACAUGUUUUUGGUGUCAUUGGAAAGAGUGUAACGUGCAGUUGUGCAGGAAACUUUAUCUUUAAGGAAAUAAUUACAGAGUGAGGCCCUGGGGCCCUUUAAAGUGCUAUAUUGUUAUUAAACUCCAGCUGUUGUCAGAAAUUAAAAGUGAGAAGAUGAGAAUGUUAAUUGUAAACAGUCAAUGUUUAAACUAUCUAGAAGAUAAACAUGGACAACCUAAUGCGGCUGUAAGUGGGAACAAUUUUUGGGAAACACUAAAAACAAGAUCAGCUUUUGAAAAAUGAUAAGAUAUUUACAAGAAAUUUUGAUUCCAUUAACCUGUUAGAAACUUCGUCAGUAUUUCCAUUACUUAAAUAAUCAUUGAGUAAUUUGAGUUGAUUCUUUUAAACUCAUCGGAAAUUAUGGUUGUCAUUUGUUUUCAAGCAACUCCUGUAAUACUUUACCUUUGCUAUAUUUCGAGCAACAUGUACACUAGUUUAUAUACAAACUCUGAACUGUUUCAAGGAGGAAAUGAAAUAACUAUCAGUUUAGUGUCUUCCUAGCUCACAAAAUAAUAUUGUUUUAGGAAUAUAUGACUGGGUAUAGCAUGUUAUUUUUGUAACGUCAUCUGAAUUGUUAGAACAAGUGUGUAAAAUGACGGUGAUCGUGUCUUCCUAUUAACAGCGAGCUUCACAAAAUAAGCGUGCUGCUAAAAGACAUAAAUUUCUUUAAUAUACAUACACAUGGUUUUAAACUGUGCAAAACUAAAGCGACUAAUUAUACUUGAACCCUUAUUUAGUAAUCUAUGUGGUUUCAAUUAAAAAAAUACAUUUCAGUAUGCACUACCUUUAGACCUUACUCCAAACGAUUAUUUAUCAAUUGUCUUCAAUUCAAUUUACUUUUUCAUAUGGAUGUCCUAAGAGGCCAAAAACACUAUUUGUGUAAAUUGUUACAUAUGCAUAUAAAAAAAUGUAUCGGGUUUUUUACUUGUGAUAAUAUGAGAAUUGAGUUUGAUGCAAGGUAUAUCUUAUUUGCUUAUAAGAGUUUUAUUUUUGAGGCUUUUCCAAGAAUGAAGUUGUGAUUUGUUUAGUGAUUAAUACAAGAGGGCAAGUAUUGAAAAUAUUAGUUACAAUGAGAGAGUAUUAUCUGUACAUGUAAAUUUGGCAUGGUUAUUUUUUUUUGUUUUAAAUUUAAUUUAGGUUUUAGCAUGUUUAUAUUUAGAAGACCAUAUUCACACUUAAAUAGAAUUUUGUUUUGCUAUAGUUAAAAAUAUUCUUUACCGGUAUCGGCGGUAUCACCCAAAAGAAAAACUCUAGUGGCGAUGGUUGUUUGAGUUCAACAAAUGUUGAUGAAACUAUAUUUUACUAACUACCGUACUUUACAUUUAAUGCGCUAUAGAGAGUUAUAUUUUUAUAGAUUUUAAUGCUGAAUUCCUCCAUUUUAGAAAGGUUGUUGUCAAAUUUAUGGAUCUAUGCAUGUUUACCAUUUAAGGUUUUAAUUGUUUAUUGUAAUAUAUAUAUUUACGUCUAUACAUCCGUUUUAGUACUGUUAUAUUGAACACUUGAGAGUUUAUAUCAAAGAAUUAUUUUUAAUCGCUAGAAUCAUAUGUAUCUUCCAUGUUUAUCUAGACAAAAUUAUUUAUCAGCUGUUUAUCAUAUGGUUAGGCUAUAUCAUUACUAUCAAAAGUGUUCUAGUGUUAGUAUGUAGCAUAUUUUUGAAGAUUUUUGUGUGAUCGCUUUUUUAGAACUUGACAAUAACACUUAAUUAAUUAACUUCCAGAUUUAAAUCCUUGAUUUAGAUUUAGAAUGCAUUUAGAGCUU